CAGAUGACCAUGUGCGACUUUAAGGCAAUGAUGCUAGUGUGACGUGUAUUCUAGUGGACGGAACGUUUCUUUCAACAGCAGCAACACUUAGUCAGCCACCUCGGUAGCUUGCUAGACAAAAUAGCCGAACCAAUAAAGCUCUUUAGACACUUUCGUGUAUAUUAGCCACUGUGUUUUAAAUCCAAUUCUGUCGUCUAGUUAGUUAUCCGAUUUCAUUUCAUAUUUACGGUGUUGCUGCUGUUAGUCAACUAGCGUGCUGGUUAAGGUAGUAUUAGCCUAGCUAGCUAACAUUCCUUACCAUGAGCUCACUAAGGUUCUCUCCUCCUGCUACUACAGAAGAGGAGGUCUGCUGGACGGAGAAAGGUCUUUGGUUGAACGUUAUUGUGAAAGAAGAGGAGGAAGAAGAGGAUGUCGCAGUAAAACAAGUAGAGGGUGAGGCUAUUACAGUGAAAGAAGAAGAGAAAGAUGUUUCAGUGAAAGAAGAGGAGGACGCGUUCAGAGUGAAAGAGGAGGAGGAAGAGAAAGAGGAGGAUGGGGAGAUGACUGUCACAUGCAAAAAGGAGGAAACUAGAUUUCUGGUCCCUGUUCAUCUUAAGGCAUCCAAUGGUUCUAAUGAUGAACUUAGCCAUAAGAUGGUUUUGAGAAACCAGGCCCUGAUUAACACUAGAGAGAGAUGUGACUAUCAUGGAUCCUCUGGGGAGCCUCAACAGCCUCAUGAUGCUGAAGAGGCAGAGAAGAGUUUCUCCAGAUCAGAACACCUCAAGAAACACCUGCAGAGAUCCACAGUGAAGAAUCCUUACUGCUGCUCUGACUGUGGGAAGAGAUUCCCCUCCUCAUCAGGCAUUAAAAUUCAUCAGAGGAUCCACACAGGAGAGAAAUCUUUUAGCUGUACUCAAUGUGGGAUGAGUUUUACUCGUUCAACCAGCCUGAUAUCACACCAGAGAACACACACUGGAGAGAAACCUUAUAGCUGUGAUCAAUGUAGGAAGGGUUUUACUACAUCUAGCUAUCUAAUUGUACACCAGAGAACACACACAGGAGAGAAACCUUACAGCUGUGGUCAAUGUGGGAAGAGUUUUGGUCAAUCUAGCUAUCUGACAGUGCACCAGAGAAUACACACAGGAGAGAAACCCUAUAGCUGUGGUCACUGUGGGAAGAGUUUUACUGAUUCUAGCAAUCUGACUCUACACCAGAGAACUCACACAGGAGAGAAACCUUAUAGCUGUGGUCAUUGUGGGAAGAAUUUUGGUCAGUCUAGCGAUCUGACAGUGCACCAGAGAACACACACAGGAGAGAAACCUUAUAGCUGUGAUCAAUGUGGGAAGAGUUUUACUGCAUCUAGCAAUCUGACUCUACACCAGAGAACGCACACAGGAGAGAAACCUUAUAGCUGUGGUCAUUGUGGGAAGAGUUUUGGUCAAUCUAGCGAUCUGACAGUGCACCAGAGAACACACACAGGAGAGAAACCUUAUAGCUGUGAUCAAUGUGGGAAGAGUUUUGGUCGAUCUGGGCAGCUGACUGUACACAAGAGAACACACACAUCAAAUGCCAGACUGGCUUCUGUUGUCAAGAUGGGAAAACCCUCCCUCUCUGACAUGGUGUCACUAAAAGACGUGGUCAUCUCCUUCUCAACCAACAAUGGCAGACUGGGGCAAGAAGCCAAUCGUCCGGCCACAGUGCCCAGUCCAGAGCGUCCGGCCACAGUGCCCCGUCCAGAGCGUCCGGCCACAGUGCCCCGUCCAGAGCGUCCGGCCACAGUGCCCCGUCCAGAGCGUCCGGCCACAGUGCCCCGUCCAGAGCGUCCGGCCACAGUGCCCCGUCCAGAGCGUCCGGCCACAGUGCCCCGUCCAGAGCGUCCGGCCACAGUCUACAGACCGGAACCUCCCACGACGGGUCGCAGUCCGGAACCUACCAGUCUGGAUCCGCCAGAGUCUCCCUCCAAUCCAGAGGUGCCACUCACUCCAGACUCGACCAUCAGUCCAGUGGCGUCCUCUAGUCCGUGGUCGGCGGUGAGGGUUCCUGCUCCAGAGACAUUAAGGGGACAAGUAAGGGUGAAGUGCAGCGGGGUCCACGUCCCGAGCCAGAACCGCCACCUCGGAGUCAUGCCCACCCACACCCUCCCAUAUAGGUUUAGAUCCUCUGGGGAGCCUCAACAGCAUCAUGAUGCUGAAGAGGCAGAGAAGAGUCUCUCCAGAUCUCUUCCUACAGUGAAGAGAACUCACUGCUGCUCUGACAUUGGGAAGAUAUUCACCUUACCAGGCAUUAAAAUUCACACAGGAGAGAAAUCUUAUAGCUGUGCUCAAUGUGGGAAGAGUUUGGGUCAAUCUGUGGAGCUGACAGUGCACCAGAAAAUACACACAGGAGAGAAACCUUAUAGCUGUGAUCAAUGUGGGAAGAGUUUUGCUACAUCUAACCAUCUGACAGUGCACCAGAGAAUACACACAGGAGAGAAACCUUAUAGCUGUGGUCAUUGUGGGAAGAGCUUUGGUCAAUCUGGAGAGCUGACCGUGCACCAGAGAAUACACACAGGAGAGAAACCUUAUAGCUGUGAUCAAUGUGGAAAGAGUUUUGCUACAUCUAACCGUCUGACAGUGCACCAGAGAAUACACACAGGAGAGAAACCUUAUAGCUGUGAUCAAUGUGGGAAGAGAUUUGCUUCAUCUGGCAGUCUGAGUCAACACCAGAUAAUACACACAGGAGAGAAAGCUUAUAACUGUGAUCAAUGUGGGAAGAGCUUUGCUACGUCUAACCAUCUGACAGUGCACCAGAGAAUACACACAGGAGAGAAACCUUAUAGCUGUGAUCAAUGUGGAAAGAGUUUUGCUACAUCUAACCGUCUGACAGUGCACCAGAGAAUACACACAGGAGAGAAACCUUAUAGCUGUGAUCAAUGUGAGAAGAGAUUUGCUUUAUCUGACAGUCUGAGUCAACACCAGAUAAUACACACAGGAGAGAAAGCUUAUAACUGUGAUCAAUGUGGGAAGAGUUUUGCUACAUCUAACCAUCUGACAGUGCACCAGAGAAUACACACAGGAGAGAAACCUUAUAUCUGUGGUCAUUGUGGGAAUAGUUUUUGUCAAUCUGGAGCGCUGACCGUGCACCAGAGAAUACACACAGGAGAGAAACCCUUUAGCUGUGAUCAAUGUGGGAAGAGAUUUGCUUCAUCUGGCAGUCUGAGUCAACACCAGAGAACACACACAGGAGAGAAAUCUCAUAGCUGUGACCAGAGAUAAUCUGAUAAAGGAUCUCUGAUUGAAUAUUAGAAAAUACAUACAUGAAGGAGUUGAUUCAUGAUUUCAUGUCACAAUGUAGAAUGUUUUAACAUUGUAGUAAGAGUAUUUUAAUGAUGUCACAAUGUAGAAGCCUAAACGUUUGCCCCGGGCGAAAUCCAGGCGAAAAAUCCCGGCUCUGAAAUGGAAGAGUACUAUUUAUGUGAUUUAACAAAAAUUGACAAACAAGAGAUCAAAUCAAAUGUAUUUAUAUAGCCCUUCUUACAUCAGCUGAUAUCUCAAAGUGCUGUUCAGAAACCCAGCCUAAAACCCCAAACAGCAAGCAAUGGAGGUGUAGAAGCACAGUGGCUAGGAAAAACUCCCUAGAAAGGCCAAAACCUAGGAAGAAACCUAGAGAGGAACCAGGCUAAGAGUGGUGGCCAGUCCUCUUCUGGCUGUGCCGGGUGGCAACCCAGACAGGAAGA